AUGUCAUCCCAGGAAGCUGCUGCAGGCAGCCGGGUCCUCCGGACUCGACGACGCAAUACCACAAAGACCGUUGCCCAUCAAGCUGAAAAUAAAUCCAGUACCAAAGCGGCCAAGCGCAAAACAAUCACUGAUUCAGAAACAGAGCUGGUCUCUGAGAAAGAUGUCCUUGAGAGACUCGGAAUAUCAGUCGGUCCCACAACAACCUGUGAAAAGGUUCUUGAUCUUCUCGGCAAGCAUGUCACCAAGAAGAAACCACGCCUUUUGAGCCAGUUGGUCCGAUCUAGGAAGAAUGCGAACUACUGUCAACCCUCCGAACAAUCAGAUCAACUUCGAACAAUUCAACGACUCACAAUUGAUUGA